CCUCUCUGUCCACAAGCCAAGUCAACAAGCAGAGCGAUUACCACAACGGAAGCGGAGGAUGUUUCGGAGCCAGAUGAUAUCCCAGUGAACUGUUUGGCAAAACCGCCACGGACUGUGUGAAAGAAUUUAGUUGAAUUGCUGUUUUUGCCUUUAUCGCAGAUACUCAUACUCAUGUUGCUUUUGACCUGCAUGGACCUGGAUGUUUCGAAUGAAGCGGCCUCGUUAACAUUCAGGACCGUAUGUUAAGAAAACCGAGCGGAGGAAACAGAGACGACACUUCGGGGAAGCUGUCUGGUCCGGAGGACGAAGAAGGGAUAUCCACACCACAAGUGACGGAUACGGAAUAUAGAGGACAAUCUGUCCGAGGACAGCCUUGUCAGUCGAGAAGAAGAGCAAAAGUUAUUCGUCUUGGUGCAAAGAUAACGUCUGACCACGGCGACGUUGGCCAAACACCGUCCCCUCAGAACAGAGAGGAAAACAAAACAAGCGUCCAGCCGCCGUGCAGUUCUUAUAGGAUGAAUCACUUAUCCCUCAGCGAGCUAUGCUGCCUGUUCUGCUGUCCACCGUGCCCCAGUAAGAUCGCCUCUAAGCUGGCCUUCCUGCCCCCAGAGCCCACCUACAGCCUCAUGUGCGAUGAGAGUGGCAGCAAAUGGACGCUGCACCUCUCGGAGCGCGCCGACUGGCAGUACUCGACCCGGGAGAAGGACGCCAUUGAGUGUUUCAUGACUCGCACCUCAAGAGGGAACCGCAUUGCCUGCAUGUUUGUCCGCUGCUCACCCAGCGCCCGCUACACGCUGUUAUUCUCCCACGGAAACGCGGUGGACUUGGGCCAGAUGAGCAGCUUCUACAUUGGCCUUGGUUCACGGAUCAACUGCAACGUCUUCUCGUACGACUACUCGGGUUACGGGGCCAGUUCUGGGAAACCCUCGGAGAAGAACUUGUAUGCUGAUGUAGACGCUGCCUGGCAGGCCCUCCGGUCAAGGUACGGCAUCCGGCCAGAGAGCGUGAUCGUGUACGGCCAGAGCAUUGGCACCGUGCCCUCUGUGGACCUGGCAUCUCGCUACGAGAGUGCUGCAGUCGUCCUCCACUCCCCACUCACCUCAGGCAUGAGAGUGGCCUUCCCCGAUACCAAGAAAACCUACUGCUUUGACGCCUUCCCAAACAUCGACAAGAUUUCCAAGGUCACUUCACCGGUGCUGGUGAUCCACGGCACAGAGGACGAGGUCAUCGACUUCUCCCACGGCCUGGCGCUGUACGAACGCUGUCAGCGCCCCGUGGAGCCGCUGUGGGUGGAGGGGGCCGGCCACAACGACGUGGAGCUCUACGGACAGUACCUGGAGAGGCUCAAACAGUUUGUCGCACAUGAGCUAGUCAACUUGUAGAGGAGCUGAAGAUGAGAGGGAAGAGGAUAGAAGAGAUGAAAGCAAUAGUUUAUAGGAAAGGUUGGAUGAUGGACAAGGAGAUUUUCUUUUUUUUGUGGAGUGAUGCAGCUUAGAAGUCUUUGUCUAUGUAGUUCUGACUUUGUGGUGGCUGACUUCUCUGAUUAUCAAACACCUCUCCCCCUCUGGAGCUCCAGUUGAACCGGGUUGAGGACCUGCCGGUACCGCAGCUGUGAAUUUACUACUAUACAUCAUCACUUUGUUUUUUGCGUCUUAAUUUUCUUUUUUUAUCAUGUUGAAAAUUGCACAUCAUGAUAGUGCGUGAAUGAAAGAGGAAGUAGACAUGUGCACAGACAACAUACCAUGUGUAUAUGCAAAGUGUGUGUGUGUGUGUGUGUGUGUGUGUGUGUGUGUGUGUGUGUGUGUGUGUGUGUGUGUGUGUGUGUGUGUGUGUGUGUGUGUGUGUGUGUGUGUGUGUGUGUGUGUGUGUGUGUGUGUGUGUGUGUGUGUGUGUGUGUGUGUGUGUGUGUGUUUUAUGCGUGUCACAUUCUUGCUGCCUUUUCGAGAAGGACAUGGUCCACAGAUGUUAAUGGAGACCUCUGGUCAGCUACUUGAGGAACAGUCUUGCUACCAUGCAGACUGGACCGGACGUGGACCUGACUCCUACUAAUACAGCUGAACUUAGUCUGACUUUUGAGGUCAGGUCUGGUCCUAAACAGUGCAGUCAACAUGAUUUUUUUUGUUAUUAUUGUUAUUAUUAUUAUUAUUAUUUGUAUUUUUUUUUUUAUUAUACAUGAAAUUUGCACGUAUCAGCUGUCACUGAAAAACUGUUCAAGACAAACUAACACAAGACCUUGCUGUGCCAGUGUUGCCAAAUGUUAAGUAUAAUAUAGAGACUUGGGCACAAGAAGAAGUGUGCGUAGUAGAAAUAAUGUGUAGAAACAUCUCCAAAGGUCCGUUAGUUGUAUUCAGUCUCCAUAAAACAGUACAAUGCCACGUUACAAGAAUACAAUGCAUAGUGGGGCUCAGUCAGCAGCUCGUGUAGCCAGUUAAAAGGCUGAGGCUGUUUAUCAUUGACCAAUAAUGUGUGGGGUUAUUUCCUCACAUUGUGUUUUGAAACAUUUCCACAGCUCCUACUUCUGAGUUCACCUUCAUGCAUUCUUGCUGUAGUCGAUACGCUCGUAAGUUUUCUGAAAAAAUUAAAUGGUGGACCAUUAUGGAAAAGAUCAAGUGUUUGUCUUGAUAUAGUAAAUAUUAAGAAGCCAAGUGUUGACUUUGUUUUUUGUGUGAAUAUCAACUUUUAAAAAAACAUGUAGUUAUUAUUACAAAUCUCUCUUAUGUACUUAAAUCAGAUUUUUCUAUCUGUGUCCAUAUGAUAAAAGUGGAACAACUCAGAGUUAACAGCCUGUGCUAUGAACAAGACAUAUACCACUAAUGCCAAUCACGACUGAACGGUGACCAUUGUAAAUGCAGCUGGUGUUGAUUUAUUUUCAAGUUUAGGAACUUGUUAAACAAAAAUGUGAGUGUUGUAUUUUAAGUUAAAGAGAUGCUUUUACUUCACUUCAUUUGAGCUGAAAGUGAAUGGACUCCAACCUUGGUUACUUACUCUCAAUACGGGUUAUUUGACGUAAGUGGCUCUGAAUUAAAGGCCUCCAUCGUGGACAGUAUGUUUUCAUUUUUUUUUUCCCGUCUUAUCUUUUUGUCUGCAUGGUAUUUCUGGAACCAUUGUUGUCUGUUGAUUUGCGUGAGGCGAAACGAAGCGUUAGCCAGCUGCUGUCUCCAUUGUGGCGCUGCCAGUGCCGGGAAGAUUAAAUGUCAAAGUGCGUCUGCAUGCCACAAACGGCUUGUUCCUCUAGUGUUGUUGGCCUGUACAACAAACACACAACUACUUAGGAAAUCUCAAUGGAUCAUUUUCUUAUGGAUAUUUUUAAUACUUUAGCCUGUGUUCACAAAAGUGAUCAAAUACUUUUGUUCAAUGCCAUUUAACCAAUAAGCCAAUGGGUGCUACUGUAAACUUUCAGGUCUGAUCACUUGCAGAAUGAGCGGAGGCAAAGACCGCUCGGAGUUUGUUAGACUGACCAAGAUCCAGAUCAGGAUUGGUAACUCGUGUGUUGUUAUGAAAACUUUUCCACAACUCAUUAGUCUUAUAAAGAGGGUUAUGUUUUCUUUUUUGUUUUCACUUUGUAAAUGCUAUUUGUAAUGGUCAUUUUUAUUUUUGCUGUCACAAACGUUUUUCCAUCAUCUCUCAACUGUAUUUCUUAUCUCUCUAACUGUUGAUAACUAACUAUUUAAGACAAAGGUAGGCCAUCAUUUUGACUUUUCAGAUGAUCUUUUUACCGGCCACCAUGUCAUCUUUGAUUUGAUUAAUUUUGUAUAGGAUAUUUCAAUACAGAAGGAUACUUGAUAUGUAAUAACAAUAUUAAUAUAGUAAUUCUAAUAUGGAUAGAGGAAAUAAAAUGGUAUUUGAGAAGCAA